AGCAGCGGCGGCGGCAGCAGCGGCAGCGGCAGCGGCAGCAGCAGUGGCAACAGCAGCCAGAGGACCGGCCGCCCCCCUAGACCUCGGCGCGCGGCCCCUCUCGCUGCUGCUCCUCCUCCCUCGGCCUGGGCUCUCCUUCGGCUCUACUUCCCCUUUCUUUCCUCUUUCCCGGCACAGCGGGGAAAGCCGCGCAGGCGGGCGGGCGAGCGAGCGAGCGAGCUAGUGGUGAGAGGGCGGGCGGCCGGACCCCGGACACGGGAACUUCCCAGCCAAUCUAAACCCCGACAUGAGGGAAAAGGGCCGUAGGAAGAAGGGCAGGACCUGGGCGGAGGCCGCCAAGACGGUCCUGGAGAAAUAUCCCAAUACACCCAUGAGCCAUAAAGAAAUUCUUCAAGUUAUACAAAGGGAGGGAUUAAAAGAAAUCAGAAGUGGAACAUCUCCCCUUGCAUGUCUGAAUGCGAUGCUGCACACCAACUCCAGAGGGGAAGAAGGAAUUUUCUACAAGGUUCCAGGUAGAAUGGGAGUAUAUACCCUAAAGAAAGAUGUUCCAGAUGGUGUGAAAGAGUUAUCAGAAGGUUCUGAAGAGAGCAGUGAUGGCCAGUCAGACUCCCCAAGUUCUGAGAACAGCAGUAGCAGCAGUGACGGUGGGAGCAACAAGGAGGGCAGGAAGAGCAGGUGGAAGAGGAAAGUAUCGUCUAGACUGUCACAGCCAUCUUCCCCCCAGUCAAGCUGUCCAUCUCCCUCCAUCUCAGCUGGUAAAGUCAUCUCUCCAUCCCAGAAGCACAGCAAGAAGGCACUGAAACAGGCUUUAAAGCAGCAGCAGCAAAAGAAACAACAGCAGCAACAGCAGCAGCAGCAAUGUCGAACAAGCAUGCCCAUCUCCUCUAAUCAGCAUCUUCUGCUGAAGACAGUCAAAGCAGCUAGUGACCCUGUGCCCGCUAAACCUGCUGUGUGGGAAGGAAAGCAGUCAGAUGGACAGUCAAGCAGUCCCCAGAAUUCAAAUUCUAGUUCCUCUUCUUCAGUUAAAGUUGAAAACCCCUUGCCAGGUUUGGGGAAGAAAGCAUUCCAGAGAUCUGACAGGCUUCAUACAAGGCAACUGAAAAGGACUAAAUGUGCUGAAAUUGAUGUUGAAACACCUGAUUCUAUCCUGGUUAACACCAAUCUGAGGGCUCUAAUUAACAAACACACAUUUUCAGUCCUUCCUGGGGACUGCCAGCAGCGACUUUUGCUUUUGCUUCCAGAGGUGGAUCGGCAGGUUGGUGCAGAUGGUUUGAUGAAGCUGAAUGGUUCAGCCCUUAACAAUGAAUUUUUCACUUCAGCUGCUCAAGGCUGGAAGGAAAGAUUAUCAGAAGGUGAAUUCACACCUGAAAUGCAGGUGAGGAUAAGACAAGAAAUUGAAAAAGAGAAAAAAGUGGAGCCGUGGAAGGAACAAUUCUUUGAGAGCUAUUAUGGGCAAAGUUCUGGGUUGAGCCUAGAGGAUUCCAGGAAGCUAACUAGUGCUACCAGUGACCCCAAAAUGAAGAAAUCCCUGACUGAACAGCCAAAACCCACACCACCUUCAGAUGAACCUCCCAUCAAAACAGUGGUGGCAGCCCCUGAAGCAGAGUCUAAGCCAGUGCUACUGCUUUGCCCAGUAAGGAAAGAAUCAGGAGUGAGCCCAGAAGAAGUACUGCCCGAACCCUCCAAAUCCCCGGAGCCUUUAGUUUCCUCAACUAGCAGUGUCAUUGAGCAAGACAGAACAGGCCCUAUCCCAGGCCCAGAGGAUGAGGACCCCUUAGGCCAAAGGAAGCCAGUAACCUCUGCUGAGCCAAAGCCUGAAAAUGAAAAUCAUCUCACUAUAGCUACUCCUAUCAUAAAGGAAAACAAAGGCACAGCUGUUUUGACUCCAAGCAAACCAAAGAGCCCAGGAAUUGGAAAACCAAUUAUAAGACCAGUCAUAGAAGCAAGUCCUCAGGAGAACACUGUGACAGUUGCCUCUCCCUCAGAGCACAGUGAUCUGAACCCAGAAGGUCUCAAGAGGAAAUCUUCACUCACUGAAGAAGAGACCCCGGUGAGCUGGGAGAAGAGGCCUCGCGUCCUUGAGAACCACCAGCACCAGCAGGCACUUCAAGCCUCUCAGCAGCCCUUUCCCAUCAGAGGGGAAAGGGUCCAGGUUCGAAAAGUACCACCACUCAAGAUCCCGGUCUCCAGAAUCUCCCACGUGCCAUUUCCUACAGGACAGGUCUCUCCCAGGGUUCGUUUUCCAGCCUCUAUCACUAGUCCCAACAGAAAAGGAGCCAGAACCCUUGCAGACAUCAAAGCAAAAGCCCAGCUGGCCAAAGCCCAGAGGGCAGCUGCUGCCGCCGCCGCUGCCGCAGCAGCAGCUGCCUCUGUUGGGGGGACCAUCCCAGGUCCUGGCCCUGGAGGGGGAGGAGAAGGAGCUGCAGGAAGAGGAGGGGAGCCAGGAUCAGGUGGAGCCAGUGAAACUGGAAAAGGGAACACACUGGAACUGGCAGGAACUGGAAGCAGGGGAGGUACGAGAGAGCUUUUAUCCGAUGGUUCAGAGACUCAAUCCCAAGUUGAGACUAAGGCCCCAGGCCCGGCAUCACCUCACAGUGUCUCUAGAGCACAACUACAGCAAGCCCCCCCCAUACCAUCCAGAUCUACAGUCAGUGGAGCAUGUCCAAGUAACCCCUCAACAGCCCUCACUAACCCACCCCCCACAACUUUAGAGAAGCUGAAGAAUGAAGAUCAGACUCCUCUCUGGGGGACAGACAGAACGGUUCCCUAUCGCCCUUCACAGGUUCCCACUAACUUCAAACAAGAGAAAGCACCUUCUCCUUCAGCAGGCUCAGCCCUGACCUCAGGGACCCCACCUGCUCAGGUUACAGCAGAAUGCACAGUCGAGCCUAGAGCUAGUUCUAGAAAGGACAUAAUAAGCGUUGCAGCUGUAGUAGAGACAAGUCCUAGUGCUCCUAUGGAGGUGGCUCCUUCCUCUUUGACAACUUUACCAAUAGCAGCCACUUUAGAAAAGCCUUUGCCACCCCAGACCAGUGUUACUGCAGCACCUACUGUAUCAGCUCCAUCCUCUAGCACUUUGCCAACCUCUAGCCUUAAAGCUCAAGGAGCUUCCUCAAAUACAAGCGGACCCACUGCACGUCCAAGCUCUAGUAUUCCUGCUAAUAACCCUUUGGUCACCCAGCUGCUCCAAGGCAAAGACGUUCCCUUGGAGCAGAUACUGCCUAAGCCUCUCACCAAAGUAGAAAUGAAAACUGUUCCUUUGGUUACGAAGGAGGAGAAAGGGACAGCAGUACCCAGGGACACCAGCAUUACAGGAACUAGCGCCAGAGGGGAAGGUAGUGAGAGACAGUCUCAUCUGUCUGUGCCUCAGUCAGAGAAUAUCCAUCAGAGUAAGCAGUUACCCCAGGUCCCAAGGACCCUCCACCUCUUCUCAGGAAAGGACCUGAGGGACUCUAACAUUGAUCAGUAUCCUUGCCAAGAAGGACUCAAUAAGGCAACCCAAGAGCAGCUCCUCCAGACGCUCAUUAAGAGGGUUCAGAGGCAGAACCUGCUGUCAGUCUUGCAGCCCACCCAGUUCAGCCUCACUCACUCAGGUUUCCAAUUAGAGGACAUCUCUACCAGCCAGAGGUUUAUGCUGGGUUUUGCAGGCAGAAGGACAUCCAAGCCUGCCAUGUCAGGCCACUACUUACUCAACAUUUCCACCUAUGGCCGGGGUUCAGAGAGCUUUAAGAGAGCCCAGUCCAUGAAUUCUGAGGAUCGUUUUUGUUUGAACAGUCCUCCUGAGGCCUUUAAAAUGGAACACCAAGAUUACAAAGGGGCGACAGCAGAUGGCAGCAGCAGUAAAGAUGAAGAUGAGACUGAUGAAGAGAGUACAGAUGAUGAAGAGGAACAGAUUCUAGUGAAGGAGGAGCCCUCACCUUCCCAGGUUUCUGGCAAGUGUGAAGGAGGCCCAGGAGUCUAUAGCAGAGAUACCCUAUCGACAUAUGACACUCUAACCAACAAGAAUAUGAAAGCUGAAGUACCAGUGAUGGGUCAUGCCACUGUCAGCAAAGAGAAUUUCCACCUCUUUCCUACAGGUCAGGUAUUUGACGGAAGCACCCUGGCCAGAGAUUUCAUUCAGGCAGCCCAGGAACGAAUGGCCCAUGCAAUGAGGGGAAAGAUGAUAAAUAGUAGCCCUGAGCUAUAUGGUACUCUUCCUCUCCCCACAGACAGCCCUACACAUCAGCCUCUGCUCCUUCCACCACUGCAAACCCCAAAGCUUUAUGGAAGCCCACCACGUCAGCUUGGGCCCAGCUAUAGAGGCAUGAUCAAUGUCUCUACUUCUUCUGAUGUGGACCACAGCUCUGCUGUGUCAGGAAUGCCUGACUGUAAUCAGGUGUCUAGCAACAUGGGGGAUGUCAUGUCCUUCUCGGUGACAGUCACCACCAUCCCUGCUAGCCAGGCAAUGAACCCCAGCAGCCAUGGACAGACCCUCCCUGUGCAGGCCUUCCCUGAAGAAAACAGUGUGGAGGACUCGCCUUCCAAAUGCUAUUGCAGGUUGAAAGCCAUGAUCAUGUGCAAAGGCUGUGGUGCCUUCUGCCAUGAUGAUUGCAUUGGCCCCUCCAAACUGUGUGUCUCCUGCCUUGUGGUCCGGUGAGAGACAGUGGAAGAGCAGAAAACCAGAGAGACCCUAGAGAAAAAAGUGGGUAGGCAAGUAUAUAGGGAGACACAAGUGUGUAUAGGUCCUUCUUUUGGAAUCACAGGAAGAAAUAUAACUAAUUUCAAUUGUCUUACUCAAGAGAUAAAUGUUACGUAAUCAGGAAUACAAAACACAGUUUUUACCUUUUAAUGGAAGAGCACCUUGUUGUACAGUAAGUCUAAGUCAAGCGAGACUUUGUGAAUUGUGACAAGUUUGCACUUAUAAAAUCAUGUAAAUAUGUCACAUUAUUUUGUUUAAAAAUUAUUUUUCCAAGUGCUUAGGAGAUAAUGUAUUACCGUGGACUCAUUCUUUGUUUCCAGUUCACUGACUCAGAAAAGCUUGUUACCCUGGAAGAAGAGAGCCACUUCCCUCCCAGCCUCUCCCCUAUGAGUCAGGCUAAGAAAAGAAGGUAGAGGGAAGGGCCAAAGGUAAUGGCUCUCCAUCCUAAUGAAGGCCUUGAAAUUCUGGUUGGAGAAAUUACUUGGCCUCCUUGAAGAAUUUGGGCACAGAGCAUACUUAGUCCCUUUACAUAAGGGAGGGGCUUGCUCAGUUUGGACAUUGCUAAGGCAUUAAUUUCACAAAGAGCAUCGCAAACCUUUUUUCCGCAGCUCUGACCUGCUUUUGCUCCUAGUCUCUCCCAGAAGCUGUGUGGCAUCUGAGCACUAUGCUUGUGGAUACUUGCCAUUCUCCCAACCCUAUCCAUGUGCCCUGAGAACAGGGCAUUAUAGGAAGGGUGCAGCAACUUGGGCCUGGCUGCCUACUAUCUUGGGUAGGGCAGUGAUUCCAGCAAUAAUAAUGAGCGCUUAGUUACUCCUGGAGCUCUUGAGUAGUUUAGCAGCAGAUAUUUAGAAAAAAAAAGUCAGUAAUACAACCUGGGCUAUGUUUCCUUUUGGGUAUGUUUGAAGUUGUGGGGGCGUGGAAGAGCAAAAACUUGCUCAGCUUUAACACUAGCCUUGAAAUAGCCUCAUCUUUCUUCAACCAGACGCUCAGUGCUAAGCAGAUAGUACUUAGAUAGGGUAAGUGAGCAAUGCCACUGUUGCAGCUUCUGUUACACUCGUUUUGGCCUGACAGGACACUGUGGGGCAUGUACUAGGCUAAUAAUUUAUAUAUUUUUAAAUUUAUAUGUGUGUAUAUAUUUUUUAAAACACAAGUCAGGCACUUUUCAUAUUUUUGAAAAUACCAAACCCUCAGUUUGUCUGUGUCUGCUCUAGAAAGCCUAAGAGUAAUGAUGUCUACGAAUAAGCAAGGGAGAAACAGCAGAUUCACCUGGGAGUACAGAACUAGGACAGAGGUCUGCACCCUGGCUAACUGGGAUUGGAGGUUAUCAUUGGCCUAGGACAGCAACCAGAAUUAUUUAGUAAAGUUGGGGUGACCCUGAUUUGCAAAAAUGGUUAUGUCGGGUACAAGGCCUAAUUUGUGUAAAAUAGAAUUGUCAGUGCAGCUGACAAAUACAACUAGUUACAUUCAGGGCAUGGCAUUUCUGAAAUCCAGAACAUUUUAGAGCUUAAAAAUUGAAUUACAUUCCAGAAUAGGAGAUAGCAAGAGAUACCUAUUUAGUGUUACUUGAUCCUUUCCCAUUUUACUCUUUUUCCCCCUUUGUCAUUGUUUUCUUAAACUACACAAUCUUGACACUCUCCCCCCCCCCGCCCCCGGCCCCCAUUCCAAACUUUGUAUAAGAUUUACAUCCCCAUUAGUGGUCUCACCUACUUGUGGCCUGAUGCAGUCAUAGGACUAUCUGAAACUCGUGCUCAAGCUGUCAUAAUAUUCUUCCAUUGUUGACCACUAUGCACAUACAGUCAAGAAGAGGAAAGACUGCAGGAAUCCCAAGGUUGGAAGCAGCUACUCCAGUUAGCUCACACAGCAGGAGGUCGGGCUAUGGGUGUGUUCUGCUCUGUUUCUACCUACAGGUAGCUUUGAGCAAGUUGAGGAGGUUGUAAGUGGAGAAGAAUUUGGCCUGCUGGUGGGUAACUUCAUUCUCUGUCUCUCUACUUCCUCAUGCUAGUAGUCUAGGGGGCUCAUCAGCAUAUGGUUCAAGGAAAGUUCUGGUUGAUCCUUAAAUUUAGGGAUGGACAAAUGAUUUAGCUACAGAGGAAGGGAAACUUCAGGCCAUCACAAGACCAAUCUAUAUUGUCUCUUAAUUCAUAUUGACUAUGGUUUUAAAAAUAAAAAGAUUUUGAACAUUAUAACUCUUCACCAGAUGCAGUAACAUGUAAGUUAACUAAAGCAAGCUCCUAAUUUUCAAAAUUUGUUGACACAAAAUCCCAAGAAAUAGAUUUGUACAUUUCCCCCACUAUGCAGUGUUUGAGUGCAUUCCUGCCCUGUCUUCUCAGACUGUCGCAACUUAUAAAAAGGAUUAAGUCCAUUUCUCUGUUGUUGAGGAUCAUAUGUGAACUACAAGGAAGCCAGAGGGUGUUGGUCACAUCCAAUUUCACAUUUUCCGUUGGAAAAUAGCAAUGCAUUGUUCAAGUGGGAAGUCAUGCCUUGCAUAUUAAACAACAAAAACAAAAAAUACUUUUGAACUUGGUAUUAGUCUUGAAAAAUGAAGCAGUUGGAGAUGAAAACCUAUUGGAACAUUAUCAGUAGAUACUGGUUUUCCCAUAUCUUCUGAGGGUUCUAAUUUUGGUUUUAGUUUUUUACGUAUAUAUAUGUAUUUUUUUUCCUAUCUUCCUUCCUACUCAACUUGAAGUAUUUUCAAGGAAAGUGCUAAGCGUUCUUAUAGAAUAGAGUUAAAUUGCACUACUCCCGUUGACUUUAGUUGGGUGUUGCAUCCCUAGUGGGCAUGCUUCAGAUACACCCCUCUCUGUCCUUCAGAUGCCUUCCGGUACUGGUUCUUCUGCAGGGAAAUAGCAUUAAUUAUACAGUAUCUCCCGGUCUUAAUUAUGUGUGUUCUGAAUUGUUUGUUAUAAAAUGUUCUUGAAUUUGAAAUUGUGUAGUUAUAAAAACCACACCAUCUCGUUAAUAAGAAUUGAAAACCAAAUAAACAGAUGCCCCAGGUUCUCUGUCCUUCUCCCCCUCCAUCCACGUGCUCAAGUUAUUGAUGCUCUUUGCUAUCACAUUGAGCAUCCUUAGUAAGAGCUGGUAACAUUUUCUGGAGGCUGACAGGUAUUUUGAAGCUUAUUUCUAAAAUUUAAAUAACCAUCUAGGGAAAGACCAAAUCUGCCAGGUAAGGUUUUUAAUUAACACAUUGUUAAUCACCUGGCUUUAGCCAUUAAAAAUAACAGGUUAGUGAUAUUAAAUGUCUAACUGGCUAUCAUUGCUUUUUACCACCUUCAGGACCAUGAAAGAGCUCUCUGGUUAGGGUCUUACUGAAUGUGGUUACCAAAAUGGAGGGAUCUUAAGGGACUCAUGUUAACUGGAUGUUUUGAAGGCUUCACUGACAGUGAGUAGCAUCAGUAUCCUGCUUGUGUCUGGCUCUCACAUAUAAGGUAAACCUUACCAGUUUUCCCAUGAUGCAAAAAUAGAAAAGGUUUGGAUUCUGCCCUAUUACAUAGCUCUACAAAGCACUUGGGUUAAAACUUGGCCCAGGGGGUAGGCUUCAGCUUGGGCAUUUGAAGAGUCCAGAAAGACUUUGGGACACAUGAUAGGCAGGGAUUUUUCCUACCUAAACCUGUUGGAGGGAAGCAACAGGGAUAUUUGCUAAGAUUGAAUUAAUACCUUCAGAGAUUCUUGGUUACUUUAUUUUUAUUAAUCCUAUACAUUUGAUACAAAUAUUGAAGAUCAGUUUAAAAAAAAGCUUUCCAAUAAUAUAUUUUAAGUAAUAUAUAUUUUAAUAUCUGUAAAAAGUAAAUUGACAGCAGAAGACUUGUGAAUUUCUGAUAACAGGGUAUGUUGGGUUCGGGGCCUCUGCAGAGGCACCACUCUCCAAGGAAGUGACUGAAAGGCUCUCAGAUUAUUUCCAUAUAAUGCAAUAAGUAAAGGGGAUAGUUCUGGGGUUUGUUUUUUAUUUCAAAAUAAAUUUGACAUUGUUUACCACAAGCUAUUUUUUUCCUCCUGGCUAUAAGGUUUGUACAAACUGGUUUAGUACAUGCUAAACGUUAGUGUCUUUUGCCUUUUUAAAGGAAUUAUUAACAUUGGAAUUGAGGGUAUGUACAGAGAAGUUGGUGUCGACACCAUCCAUAUUUUUUCACAAAUAAUAUAGAAAAUCAUUUUACAUAAGAAUUUUAAGUAUUUGCAAUAAAUAUAUGUAUAUAGACUGUAUGUACUUCAUAUAUUCUCUUAUUUUUCAUUUUAUUAUUAAGUAAAAGAUGGUAAAAAUUAAAAUAAAAACCUUUGAGCUGGUGAAUUUUGAGGUCUGACCUGUAUCUGAGUGAGUUGAAUGAAUGUUUUUCUGUUGCUUGACACUAUUCCUGGGACAAUACCCCUAAUUGUAGGGGAACAGGGAAAUGGGGAGAUUAAUAAAGAAAGCAUCAGAAUAGGUUUUAUUUCUAAAAUCUGGCACAGUUGUUUUUUAGCCCCUUGUUCAGCUUGUUUUGUUUCUUCGCAUUCUGUGAUAGGCAUAUAGAACUUUUUGUGGGCCCUCCAAAGAUGAAGAGGUGAGGCCUCUUUGAAGAGUGGCUAUUUUUCUACUUCAAAAGAAAGAAUGAUGAUGAAAACUUUGUAAAGGAAAAAAUACUGUUCUCUUCCACACUUGUUAGUAACCACUUAACAGAAGAGCUCCUCUUCCCCCACCUUAUACCCUAGGAUUGUGCAAGAAAAUGUUCUCUAGUGAAGAGUAUAAUUUUUUUCCCCCUUUUUUUCAAGAUUUACAGGUAAGUGUCCAUUAGGGCAGUCUCUGUCAAACAGUCUUCAGGACUUUGGACAGGUCUAAGUUGAGUCAAGAGAGUCUUGCUGAGGAAAAGACACAGGCCACUGUCCAAGGAUAUAUGCUGUACUACAUUCAUCACUUGGAACUAAUUACAAGUUACAUGGUGAAUUUUCUAAUCUCUAAUUUUUUUAAAAGAAAUUUAUAAGGAACAGGUCUGGAAACAAAUAUUUGGUAGGAUUAGAAGGAAAGAGCAGUAUUUUAUUCCCAGAAUAAUAGCUCACUAGCAUUAAUAUACUGCUUUAUAUAGGUUUGCAAACCACUUUACGUGUAUUUUAUGAGAGCCUUCUGGAGGUCCUUGAGAGCUAGGAAGGUUUACUGAUAAAGUUAUCCCUACUAAAAAAUUAUACUUUGAGAUUGUAAAUAUUUGGCAUAGGUCCAGACUCUUCUUAGUAUAAGCUGCCAUGGGGCACUGAGAGGUUAAGCCACCCUAACUCAGUCUGCAUUGCCUCUGACCAUAGAGUAUGGGGUGACUAAACACAUGAACGUGUGUGCCAUCCGCUUCUGAAAAUUUAAAACGACUGUUCUGAUGUGAUUUCAUAAGAAUGUGAUAGAAAAUUAGAAUGGGAGGAGACUAUAUACUUUGAAACUGACUUCUCAUUUUGUUUCAGUAGUAAACUGUCCUGUUAUCCCAUAGCCAUUAUCAUUUCUCUUCCACAAAAUAUUCUUUGGAACUUGGUCAUCUAGGUACAUAGUUAUACCUUUAAAAAUCUAUCAGUUUUGUUUCUUGAAAAUGGGAAUGGGAUCAGAAGAAGAAAUUCAGAGUGCAUAACAACACAGCAGGGGAACACUGUGAACUCAUAUUAAAUCUGUGUUUGCUGAAGGUCCGCACAUCUCUAAAGGAACUGAUUGAAUCUCAAGAAAACUGUCCUCAAAUUCUUUAUGUAAAAUAAGGUAUAAAACAUUAAAAUGAGUUCACACGAAAUGAAUAAGUCAAUGAUCAUUGAUUAAGAUCCAAUCACUUCCAAUCGACACCCUUUUGGGAGUGCAGUUCCCAUUCAAUCAGCAGUUCUGUCUUUUUAUCCCUAGUACCUUGAUUACUGGCUUGAACAUAGUAGGCACUUAACCUGUAGUUUAUCUUUUUUUUUUUUUAAAUCAUCAAGUGGAGUACCUCGCAUUCAUGGUAAGGCAAAGUCUUGACUUAGUGACAUUCCAUUCUGUAGCCCAAUGGGAAAUUUGAAGAAUGAUUGUGUUACUUUGAUGGUUGUGACCUCAUCAGUUUGAGUACUCCUACCACUGGUUCUCAUUGCACUCAUCCAUGCCUUUGUAGUUAUGCCCUAUCCUUCUAUAAAUUAUUCAUGGAGAAUUUAACCUGUGUUCUUAAGGACUUAUUUUAAUAUUUUGUUAACUACCAACAGUAUUCAUUAUCUAUAGGUAACCAACUUUUGGUGUGGACCUUAUACAGAACAUCCUACAUGAUGCCAGUAAACGCCUUUGGUGAGCAUCUGUCUCCCUGCUUUCUUUUUCAUUAGAUAUUUAUAUUCAGAAAUUGUUUAAAUAAAGUGGCUACGUCUAUCAGGGGUUGUUUUUUUUAAUCUUAAUAUACAUGGGUAGCAUUGAAGGAGAGCCUUUAAGGCUAAUACUUAAUCAUGUUCUACUGAGUCAAAUACUUUUUGUGUGCAAUCAGUAAUAGAUCAGGACCUUGUCUAUCUUUCAGACAGUUGUAUGGUUAUGAAGACAUGGUCUGAUAUAAAAUGAUGUUCAAGAACCCUGUGUUUUCAUUGAAUAUCUCCUCAAUAUGUGCGUAGACCAUCAUUACUAAGUUUAUUUUAGAGAUGAGGAAGUCACAUGGGUCAGUAGUUGCUUCUAAGCAACUAUUGGGAGAGGAGGAACGUAGAGACAAUAACAGUAUUGAAAUAUGAGAGAGGAUUUGUCAUUGUUACAUGACUUUAGUGAAAUAUUAAAUAGGACAGUGACUGCCAGUGUAUUAAACAGCAUUUAAGGACUAGAGGGAUGGUGGUUUUGGUGAGUUGUACAAAUAUUAGUAAAACUUAUUUGGGAUUUGUCAAAAGAUCUGGAAUUGUUAAUAGGUCUAGAAAUCUUACAGACAUAGGUAAUAUGCAGAUCAGAUGACAAGCUACCAUUUUAUGGUCUAAAGGUACAAUGAGACAGCUGUUUCUUAGGUUCAGUGGGCUUUUUCCUUUCCAUUGAUGAAAAGAUUUGCUAUUUGCCUUUGCAGUUGUACUCUUUCUCAUUGUAUGCCUUAGAGGGGAGAAAUGUUUUUACAACUCUGUUAGGAUCUGUUUAGACCUGGUAGAAGUUGCUCUUUUCCCCUUUCUCCCACCUUUCCAUUCAUUACGAUCUAAAGUCAUGCGUUUGAAUGAGAUGUGGCUUAAUUUUUUUAGAAAUCAGAAUUCUGAUGCUUGGUGUUUUAGUUAACAGUGAUUCUAGUAUUUGUUUUGGUGAUUUUGUGUAAACAGGACUAAGCAGGACUCCAUGGGUUGUCUUUCAGCACUGCUUAUGUUACUUGUGCUGUUCCUAACAAUAAUCUGUCUGCUACUCAGAAUUGUGGCUUUGGAUUUCAGGUUCUGUUCGGUUUUGGUUUUGCUUAUACAAUUAACAGAUUUAUGCUUAUUCUCAAUAAAGGGGGAAACAGAAAAAUGAAUAUUCCUCUCUUGUGAGACUUGACUAUUCUAAUAUUUGAGACAUUUUAUCAGAUGAGAUAAAGAUUUACUUAGGCAGUGAAUUCCAAAUCUGGACUCUUCCCUCUCAACACCACACCCACUCAUAUCUCUAACAUGGAAUAGUGGAGAGAAAGCAAGAAGUAAUGAUCAAGUGUGAUUUCAGGACACAGUGUUGGGUAGGCUCUGGGGGCCCUCCAGUUGGAAGAGUCAGAUGAUUUUCAGAAAAUGGCAGAAAAAGACUGCACCUGAAUCAUCUUUGUUAUUCCAGAACAUAGAAGCCGCCAUAGGGAAAGGGAAGAUAAAUUCCAUAUUUAUUUGUUAAAAAUUGAAAAAAAAUUUUUUUUGGUAAUCUCCAGGAUGCUUUAAACUCCUUAAGAAUCACCUGUGGUUUGUAAUAUACAGAGACAGGAUUAAUUCACUGUUAGUAGAAUGAGCAAGUUUGUUGAGUCACUUCACCAGAUUAGAGAUGGAUGUCUAAUACAAUGGCAUUCAGUUGACCUGACCAGGAUGUUGUUGACCAGGGCUAUGGAUUUUGCUUCUGACCUCACUAACACUGUUCUAAACAACUGCCUGCACUAAUAGUUGCCCUAAACAUACUCGAUGUCAUCUACCUUAUUUAGCAACAAAUAACACAAAUGAGGCCUAAGUAAUUGUUUUUCUAUAGUUAAAAUGAUUUGGACACAGUGACUGUGAGGCAGAAAGUGGCUAUAUAUUUAUAGUUCAUUUAGUCGAAGGAUCUGGUUGGACACAAGGAAGAGAUCUUGGGUAAGAGCGCGUGCGUGUACACGUGUGUAUGUAUGCCUGUCCGCAUAAACACACACCUACAGGUUGUGGCUUCACCUGUCUCUGCCUCAGGUUCAUGCAGUGUUUAUACUGUGAAUGAAGUUUAAUAUUUCUGGGAUCAGCUUUUAAAAAAAAAAAAUAGGAGUUGCACGUCAUCAUCGCCAAUAGAGCAUAGACAUGUUAAACAGUCAGGACGCUUACCUUAAGUUGGCCGUUCUUUUCAUUUUAGGUGUCCAGGUAUCUCUUACCUGUAAGCACCACUGAUGAGGUGUAUAAUUCUUUUGCACAAGCCUUAAAAUGAGUGAAAUCAUGGAUUUAGGUCCUCUUUUUAUGGCUUUGGAGAUAAGGGCCAAUAGAAAGCACUCCCUGAGGGUUGGUCAGCAUUAAUAUCACUAUAGGGCAAGAUUUUUGUCAGGUAUUCAUUAAGCUUCAAAUGUUUGGGGAGGAGAUCGCAUCGAAGCUCCACUGACCGUGAUCUUUUCAUCUGGCCAUGUCAUGUUGUAUCAGGCUCCAGCUUACCACCUUCACCAGCACUGAGAGACCAGAGGAAGGGGAGCGAUUACCAUAUGUGUCCUUGUCACUUUAAAAUCUUACUUGCCAGUAGGCCUUAGCACUUUGAAAAACAAAUUCUGCCUUGUCGUUUCUUGUCACUACCAUACCUACUCUUCUUACUACCUUACACCAUUCCUGUUAUUGUUCAUGUAAAACUACCUGCUUCAGAAUUGAAUGUAAAAUAGUAUUUCUGCACAUGGACAGAAUGUGUAUUUUAUCUUAAUGUUUCAUUUUAUGUUAAAUAAAAGCAUAUAAUUUUA